AAUAUUCCGCCGCCGACACUAGAGCAAUUUCUUCCGACACCUCCACGCAAGCUGAUGUAACAGCGACACCUCAUCCUUCAAAACAAAUUCUUGAAUUCUAAAAGGGCGUCGACAGCUUCCUAGAUACUUUCCCUUUUUGCUUUUUGCUUUGAAUUCCGAUGGCUUCUAUCCCGACAACUGACGCCCUAACCGCGGCUGACGGCGCCACCGGCGAGCCUCCUGCGAAGAAGCUUAAGGCCAGUAGCACUUCCGUGCCGCAGCCGCCGGCUGCAGGCGUCUCGGGCGGUCACCAUUUGGAAGCCGGCAUCGUAUCGGGAACCGUGAUGGCAGCCGCACCCAGCCUGGCCGAGCAAUACCAGUCCGCCGCGCCAUACAACCACUGCGUGAUGCGGGACAUCUUCAAUGCAGACCUGCUGCGUCAGGUCCGCGACGAAAUAAUCAACAACAUCAACGCCACCUACAAGGAAACCGAUCUGUUCAAGGUCUUCCAGACAGGGGAUCUGGGUAAUUUGGAUUCUCUGGAUCCUGAGGCGGCUGCCAAACUGCCGGGCCUUAUGAAACUUAAAAAGGCGCUGUACAGUGACGAGUUCCGCGCUUUCGUGACCACCGUUACCGGCUGCGGGGAGUUGUCACCCCGUACGGACUGCUCCUGCAACGUCUAUGCGUACGGCGGGCACCUGCUGUGCCACGAUGACGUCAUCGCCAACCGCCGUGUGUCGUACAUUAUCUAUCUGACGGACCCAGAUGACCCAUGGGUCCCUGAGGACGGCGGCGCACUGGAGCUGUAUCCCCUAGUGGAGGGACAGGAACACACCCCCGCCCCCGCCCCGACGUUGUCCCACCUGCCCUUCUUCAACACCAUGGCCAUGUUUACCGUAACCCCCGGUCGCUCCUUCCACGCGGUCCAGGAGGUGUUCUCCGGGGAGAAGCCCCGCCUGUCCAUCAGCGGAUGGUACCACGCGGAUCAGCCGCCCCAGGGGGCGGAUAAGGCCUCUCUGAAACAGCUGCAGAUGCGGGCGGGGGAGGAUGCGCAGACACGACACGAGACCAUCGAGGGUGGCGCCGGUCCUCUUUCCGACGACGACUUGGCUCUUCUCAUUCGCUACGUGAACCCCGUGUAUCUGUCGGAGAGCUCCUGGCCGAAGAUCAGGGAGCGGUUCGCGGCGGAGGGCAGUGUGCAGCUGCACAACUUCCUGAAGAGGGGGCUGGCAGAGCAGAUUGUGGCGGCCUGCAUCUCAGAGGACGGUGCUGACGGUCUGGGUAACAAGCAAAUACCCAGAUACACUGCGGGGGUGCGGGACGGCUGGGUGGCAGUGGGUCCCCCUCACAAGCAACGCUACCUCAAGUACGACAACGGAAGCAGCAGCCGCGCCGGCGCUGACGGCGCCAACAGCAACGGCGCCGCCGAUGCCGCCGCCUCCGCCCUCUCCCCCUCCCCCCCUUCCUCGCCCACCGCGGGGUCCCUGCUUGACCGAGUUCGUCGCGAUCUGUUGGCCAGCGGGUCCUUCGCUCGCCUGCUGAAGGCCCUGACCAGCGUAACAAUGUUGGGGCAGACGGGGGAGCUAACCGACACCGGCCCCGGCCGGGCCGGGUUGGACUACACGGUCGCCCAUUACGGCAUUUUAACAACCGAUCCACGACUGGAUGUCGUACUUACUUUUGUGGAUGAUUCUACGGAUGAGGCGGCGUCGGCAUGGCAGCAUCAGUACCGGGAUGCUCAGGCUGGGGAGGUUGGCGGCUUCGAGGCGUACUUGUUGGCGGAUGAGGAAGGGGAAGACGGGGGCGGGGCGGCGGAGGUGUACCGAGUGAAUGCGGACUCCGAGGAGAGCGGAGUGCUGAAUGUGAAUGCGGCGGCCAACACCCUCAACCUCGUACUGCGGGACGAGGGCCUUAUGAGGUUCGUCAAGUACGUCAGUUUCGCGGCCCCGGGGAGCAGGUGGGAUGUGGUCAUGGAGUACCUGCCUGAAGACGACGACGACGACGAUGAGGGGGGGAUGGAGGGGCAGGGGGUCAAGGCAGGGGGAGAGGAGAUGGAGGAGGCUGGUGGGGAGGGGAGGGCGGAAGGGGAACCUGAGGUUGUGAGGAUGCUGACGGCGGUGGAGGUGGUGGUGGAAGUGGUGCUGGUGGUGAUGAUGAUAGUGUUAUGGGAGUCAACCUUAUGCAAAGUACUCGGAUCUCAGUGCAUCAUCAGCUGCUUUUGCUCUCGUCUGGGAUAA